UCACACUGCAGCGUCCGCGUGCGUGCUUCAUUUGCAAUAAAAAUAAAAAUAUUUAGAAAAUAGCCAUGGAUGACGAAGCUGAAACAUACAAGCUGUGGCGCAUUCGCAAGACAAUCAUGCAACUGAGUCACGAUCGCGGUUAUUUGGUGACGCAGGACGAAUUGGACCAGACGCUGGAGCAGUUCAAAGACAUGUUUGGUGACAAGCCAAGCGAAAAAAGGCCGGCCAGGUCCGAUCUCAUCGUACUGGUGGCCCACAACGACGAUCCCACUGAUCAGAUGUUUGUGUUCUUCCCGGAGGAGCCGAAGAUCGGCAUCAAGACAAUCAAAACCUAUUGCACCCGUAUGCAGGAAGAGAACAUUCAUCGAGCCAUCGUUGUGGUGCAGGGCGGCAUGACACCCUCGGCCAAGCAGUCGCUCGUGGACAUGGCCCCCAAGUACAUUCUGGAACAGUUUCUCGAGUCUGAGCUGCUCAUCAACAUCACUGAGCACGACCUGGUGCCGGAGCAUGUGGUGAUGACCGUUGAGGAGAAGCAGGAGCUGCUCAGUCGCUACAAGCUUAAGGAGAACAUGUUGAUGCGCAUCCAGGCCGGCGAUCCAGUGGCUCGCUACUUCGGUCUUAAGCGUGGUCAAGUGGUGAAGAUCAUCCGUUCGUCGGAGACAGCCGGUCGAUAUAUCUCCUACCGCCUCGUCUGCUGAGAGGUCAAUUUAUAUUUUAAAUUAGUAUAAUAAAUUACAAACAUAAACAAACAAAUUGUAUAAUCCAAAUUCAAAGGUUGACGCGUGUCCACGGAGGAUCUUUAGCGGUUUGUAGAGCUGGGCCUGGGCCUGGCAUUGGACAUCUGAUACUUCUGAUGGCCCCUCUGGGGAACAAGAACACCUCUGGAGAUCGUCUUCUCCAUUUGGUACUGCCGACUUCCGUUGCAAUCUCCUGCCUCGAGUAUUGGAGCACGAAACUGUAAGAUUUAUUUGAGAGCAUUGCCCUGUUGAAUGUGGACAUCGCUCUAAUGACCUUCAUCGCAGCUGCGGAGUACUUACGUAGGCAUGACCACCGAGGAAGGGCGCCACGGUCCGAAAAAUUCAAUAAUAAAGACAAAUCGAAAAUGAUGAAGUCA